AACUAUGGAUAGUCUAAGAGUGGGAGUUGAUGAUAUGACUGACAUUCCGGAAAUCGAUGAGGCUGGAAUAAAUAAUAAUUUAAAUUUGCGAUAUGAAAAUGAUAUUAUAUACACUUAUACAGGUUCUAUUCUAGUUGCAGUGAACCCGUACAAAUGUUUAAGUAUUUUUAAUAAGAAUUAUGUCUUUAAAUAUCGAGGACGAAAACUCGGAACUUUGGAUCCACAUAUAUUUGCUUUGGCUGAAGCUUCUUAUAGCAAUAUAAUUGACGACAACGUUAAUCAGUCCUGCGUUAUUUCGGGAGAAUCUGGGGCUGGAAAAACAGAAACCACAAAGUUUAUACUUCAGUAUUUAUGCGCAGUAACAUCUGAAGUUUCAACGUGGAUUCAACAACAAAUUUUGGAAGCGAAUACAAUUUUAGAAGCAUUUGGAAAUGCCAAAACAACAAGAAACGACAACAGUUCUCGGUUCGGAAAAUUUAUGCAGGUGUGUUUCGAUUCUAAGCACUGCAUUAGCGGAUGCGUGAUUCAAGACUAUCUAUUGGAACAAUCACGCAUAACGUUUCAAAGCCCGGGUGAAAGAAAUUAUCAUGUCUUAUAUCAACUUGUUGCCCAUGGUCAAAAAAACCCCGAAAUGGCGAAAGAGUUACAUCUUAAGCCAACUCAUAUCUAUCGAUAUCUUAAUGCAUCGGGAGGCAUGAAGAAGGAUACCGAAAAUGAAGCAAAAAAAUUCGAAGCAUUAACAAUGGCUUUUACCGUUUUGCAAAUUCCGCAACAAUCUAUCGAUGGCGUAUUUAAAGUGCUAAGUGCCAUUUUAUGGCUGGGAAAUUUAGAGUUUGCAGAUAUCGACGGAGAGCGUUGUGAAUUUCUAGACGAGGAUUUCAAAAUUUGUGAACUAAUAUCGGAACUUUUAGGUUUGAAAUUUGUCGAUAUAACCCAAGUAUUGCAGCAUCGACAAAUUAAUGUCCGCGGAAAUAUAACCGAGAUACCGCUCAAGUUACAAGAGGCGCGCGAAAACCGUCACGCUAUGGCAAAAGCUUUGUAUUCUAAAACAUUCGCUUGGUUGGUAUCAAAAAUUAACAAUUGCACAAACCCAGCUCAAGAAGGAAAUCGUUUUUUGGGUGUAUUAGAUAUAUUCGGGUUUGAAAAUUUUACUCAAAAUUCUUUUGAGCAAUUCUGCAUUAAUUACGCCAACGAGAAGCUUCACAAAUUUUUCAACCACUAUGUGUUUGCACUAGAACAAGAUAUUUAUAAACAAGAGGAAAUUAUUUACGCCCAUGUUGAAUUCACUGACAACUCUUUGUGUCUUGAACUCAUUGAAAAGCCACCACGAUGUGUAUUUAAGUUGCUGACUGAGCAAUGCCACUUGCCAAAAGGAUCUGACGCAGCUUAUUUAAGUAAUAUGCAUGCGGAGUUUGAGUAUAACCCGUAUUACAUCAAGGGAAUUGAUCGUCGACAUUGGGAAACAGAAUUCGGGGUGAAACAUUACGCUGGAUCAGUAAUUUACACUGCAGAGGGAUUUGUGGAAAAGAAUCGGGACGUUCAACAGGAUGUGUUGUUUGAUUACAUGAAUCGAAGUACGAACAGCCUCGUUAGAGAACUGUCAAUGUUUCAGGAAAUGCAGAAUGUGCACUGUUCAAAUACGAUUCAAAGGGGAACAUCGAAAGCAAAAAUAACCGUAAGUGACAAUUUCAGGCAGCAGCUGCAGUCGCUAAUAGAUGUUUUACAAAACACGAAACCUUGGUACGUUAGAUGUAUUAAGCCCAACUCGGAAAAGCUGCCUAAUAUGUACAACAAAUCGCUUGUGCUGGAUCAGUUGAAAUAUUUAGGAAUGUUAGAUAUAAUACGUAUUCGUCGAGAAGGCUUUCCAAUUCAUUUUACUUUUUCGAAUUUCAUUUUAAAAUACAAGUCGUUGAUAAAAAAUAAAAAAAGUGAACUAUUUAGUAUUCAAGUGAGUCGCAUAAUGUCUGAAUUGGAUAUUCCACAAUCCGAAUGGCAACUAGGAAAAUCGAAAAUAUUUCUCAGAACAAAAGCGUACGAACCCUUAGAAGACAGUCGAAAACAUAUAAUUAACACAAAAGCUUUGAUAAUUCAAAAAAAUUGGAAGCGCUACGUUCAACAAAAAAGUUAUAUAAACGUACGAGGCGCAGCUCUGAAAAUUCAACAUGCGUAUCGUGGAUGGAAACAACGUAUAAAGUUUUUAAGAAUUAGACGGGCUGCUGUCGUAAUUCAAAGCCGACUACGUGGUGUUUUUGCAAGAGAGGUCGCAACGGCUUUGCGCGAGAUGCGACGAGUAGAUGAGGAAAUGAAAAAAAGAGAAAAGUCUUUGCAAGAAAUAGAUGACAACGAUACGUACAAAGCUCUCGAAGAUUGCGAAAGACUCGUUGAGGAAGAAAUUAGGGUUUUGUCACAUAUGGCCGAUCAAAUUAAUGUUAUACAUCUCAAUGCAUAUCAGCCAGUUCCCAAGACAGAAGAUUCAAAUUGCAAUUUUAAUAAUGAAUCUUUCGAUUUGGAUAAUUUAUUUGCGUUUUUAAGCGAAGUUACGAAUAAUCCAGCGAAUCCUAUCCUCGACGAAUUAAGCGAUAAAAUGGAUAACCUCGUGCAGGACCUUGAUGUAGAGUUGGAAAAUUGCAGUACUUUGGAAUCGGGCAGCUCAAAGUUGUUAGUAAUUAAAGGAGUUUCGACACUACCCGAGCCAACCAUGCCACCACCACCUCCUCCCUCCAACAAUAUAAACCUUGGAGACCAAGUUGAACCAAAAAUUGUUACGGACUCUAUUCUCAACGAAGCUAAAGUCGAGCCUAUAUACGAAGUUGUCGUUAUUAAUAAUGACGUCGCAAAUUCAAAUACAAUUGACAAUUAUAAAGAAGAAUCGAAUGCCACAACUGAUAAAUCACCAAUUUUACAACACUCCAGUUCACACAUUGUAAGCCCUAAAAUUUCAUACGGUGAUGUACGAUCGGGUUUUCUUACUGAAACCAAUAAUCCGUCGAAAACUACAAAUCUUCAAGAGGGACAUUGUGAUCGCGAGCAGCGACGAAAAUAUAGAGUGAAAAAAAAAUUAGAAAUGCAUCAGAAAACAGCUGAACUACCAAAAGACAUAUACAGCAGUGAUGUGUAUUAUGAUGUUAUGGAAUUUGCUGAAAAUUAUUUUAAUACUCACGAGAAAUCAUCUGAUGGUACUCUCAUUGCAACGUUAACUCGGAAAAAUAAAAAGCCUAACGAUCUAGUACCUAAAUAUGAAAUGGUUACAUUCUUGAGAGGAGACAAAAUCCCAUCAUCCCAUAUACACAUGUAUGAUCCCGAAAAUGUGAUUCUUUCUUGUCAUAUAUUUAGGGAAUUGUGCAAAUACAUGCGAGGAGAAUUGGGCGCAGAACGAGAAUUGCAAGCCAUGCAAUACAUAAUAGGACUUGGAAUUGAAAGAGAGGAACUGCGUGAUGAAAUUUUUAUCCAAUGCAUCCGUCAAACAACCAAUAACCCUAAUUCGGAAUGGAACGACAAGCUGUGGUUAUUGAUGUGUUUAGUUAUAGUUGCUUUCCAGCCUAGUAAACUCUUGUUUAGAUAUUAUGUAUCUUAUCUGAAGAAGAGUUUAGAAACGUUGGACGGCAAACUUAGGCAAUACGCGCAGUGGUGUUUUGAUAAUUGUAAAUGCACAAAGGUGUCAUCCAGGUUGUUCCCGCCCUCUAGUGUCGAAAUUGCCGCAAUGCGUCGGUUGGGUACCAUCGUAUGCCGCUUCUUUUUUCUAGACGGCCGUACAAAAGCCAUUGACGUACAUCCUACUGAUACAGCUGCAGAUGCGGUUGUGAAACUAGCGGAAAAACUAAAUCUUACUAAUACGGAAGGAUGGGCAAUUUUUCAAUCGAGACCUGACGGCGAAGAGCAUAUUAAAUCGUUUGAUUAUUUAUAUGACAUAAUAGCUGCAUGGGAGCUUAAACAGGUCAAAUCCCAAACAAUUUCAAAUGCAAACAGAAAAGUGGCUAACUGUUCUGGAUCAGGGGAAAACAGAUUUGUAUUCAAAAAGCGCCUCUUCAAAUCAACCCGAGAGUUGUCUCAGGAUCCCGUAGAAGUGAACUUGCUGUACGCUCAAGCUGUUUACAGUGUUGUUAAGUGCGAUGAAUUUCCUGUGAGCGAAAAGGUAGCUUUGCAGCUUGCAGGUCUUCAAGCGCAAGUGGCGUUAGGUGAUCCCUCUAAUCAACCAAAGCUAGAAUAUUAUAACGAUAUAAACAACUUUCUGCCAGAGCGAAUUUCUAAGACGAGAGAGCAGCAAUUUUGGAUUCCAAUUUUAGCUCAAGCUCAUCGUCAAUAUGGUGCUUCAAGAAACGAACUUACUGCCAAAGUAUUAUAUUUAAGUUGCGUCAUGCAAUACCCUCUGUAUGGAACGACAAUGUUCAACGUCAUUUACAAAGGCUACUGGAAUCAUGUAAACAACAUUAUCUUCGGCAUCAAUUACGAAGGGAUAAUGUUUAUUCAGCCAGAAGACAAGUAUAUUCUUUACCAGUUCAAGUAUUCAGAUAUUGAAUCAAUAAUGUUAGACCCAAGCGAUAGUUUCAUCACAAUAACACUAAACCGCCAAAUCCAUGACCGACAAAUAUCAAAACAAAGUGAAAAAGUUGUUAAUGUAACUAUAGAAGCACAAAGAUGUUUUGUUUUAGAAACUUCGCAAAAGAACGAAAUUGGUUCUUUAAUCAUUUCCUAUUAUCCAUCUUUGUCUAAUUGGAUCAUGAAUAAUUUUGAAAUAUCGAGAAAAACCAAAGGCAUAACAAACGAGGAUCGUACACGUCUUUAUCAAAACGUCGUUUUGUGUCGAAGGCAACUUGUCGAUUUGGAAAUUCUUCGUAGACCUCAGGAAACGAGUGGCGGAUUCUUUAGAAAUACUUUGCGAAAAUUGUCGAAACAUCGUUUAGAAAAAUUAAGAGCUGAGGAAGGAAGCAAUGUUCAAGAACACGGAGAAACUUACAAAGGAUUUCAUCAUUCCUUUUGGGCAUUCAGCAGACAACAAAUUUCUCAAAGUUUAAGCAGAAUAACUGAUCAAGACGAAUCAAUAAUGCUCCAAGUAUUUCAAGCUAUCUUAACGUAUUCAGGUUUGGGAAUAUCUGGUGAUACCAUUCAAAGGGCCGAAGAUGAACAUGUGACUAUUGUUCAAUCAAUAAUGGAUAAAUGUAUGAGAAAAGAGUCACUGAUCAAUGAGCUUUAUUUGCAAUUGAUUAAGCAAACGACCGAUCACCCAGACCCAAAUUCUAGGGUUAAUUUGCGACAUUGGGCUUUACUAUCACUUGCUUGUAGCGUCGUUUUGCCUCCAGUUAAGUCUAUUCGCAAAUACUUGAUUGGCCACUUAAAACGUUGUGCCAGUGACUAUAUAACUGAAGAAGGCAAAUUCGCGCGUUUUGCUGAAAAGUGUUUCUUUAAAACUCAAGGAACACGCAGACGACAAUGGCCGCCAAGUCGUGAAGAAAUUUUGUGCACUGUAAACAGAAGGCCUUGCUACGCUAGAUUUUAUUUUAUGGAUGGUCAAUUUUAUUCUAUUGAAUUUCAUCCGAGCUCGACUGCGUUGGAAGUAAUGGAAAUUAUAAAAAGAAAAAUUGGGUUGCAGCAGAAUUCAAUGGGUUACGCUAUUUACGAAGUACUGGGAAACACCGAAAGGAGCCUUUUGUUUGAAGAAAAGCUGGCGGACGUAAUGGCGAAGUGGGAAAAAUAUCGAAAUGCUAGUCAACAAGGAUUACUUGCAACGCCCAGUCUAUCUGCGAACACUUGCCGGCACUCCCACUACAUGUUUCUUUUUAAGAAGCAUUUGUUUUUCGAUGACUACAUAAAUUUAGAUGAUCCAGUUGAAAAGGAACUUUUAUAUCAUCAAGUAUUGCAUAGUUUAAGAAGUGAAAGGUUUCCGAUUAGUGAGAUAGAGGCUAUUAUGCUGACUGCUUUGCAAGGACAAUUGGAGACUGCUGAUUGCGGUGAAGUAAUACGUGAUUAUAGAGUUAUUGCAAGCCACUGUCUACCACCUCGUUUUGUUCCAAACAUACCCCACGAAGCUGUCGCAAUGCACCAUCAAAGUCUUCGCGGUAUGCUGCCAGCGGAAGCCAAAAAGUCGUUUUUAAAUUUAAUACAAAGUUGGCCGCUGCACCGAGCUACAAUAUUUGAUGUUAUGCAAUCGUUUACAUCGAAUUGGCCCCGUAUAUUAUGGCUUGCCGUAGAUCAAAAUGGCAUACAUUUAUUGGAACAUCGCUCACGAAAUGUUCUUUGUACACAUGACUAUGAGUCAAUCAUUUCAUAUUCACCAAAUAUGAAUUCAUUGAUGAUAUUUACGGGAACUGAGAAGAAGCAAUCAAAAGUUAUUUUAAGUACGUCACAGGCUUUUCAAAUUGCAACUCUUAUUAAAGAAUACUCGGAAAUUGUAAAAACAAGGAAGACCAUAUCCCAGAUGAUCAUUUAACCAGCAGAAGGCUAAAGCGCUCUCAUUAAAUAAAAUGUACAAUCCUAUAAAUAACAAGCAUACCCGUAAGAGUCAUUCCUGCACAAAAUUGAGCCAAACCUGUUAUAGAUAUCCGGUUCCACAAAAUGGACAUAUUAAAAUAAAUUCCACUAGAAAUAGACUAAUUUAUAAAUUAUAGUGGUUUAAAUAAUAAUUAAAAGGCACUAAAAAGCGUUCAUAUGCAACUUUCAACUAACCAUAAGCCAUCCUGUUAUUUUUACUUGCUGUUUGUUUUGUGUACCAUCUUAUGAACAUGCCUUACAAAUGAAAUAUCCUAUAGUGAGGGAUCUGAGCAAAUGAUUACAGCAACAGAAGAAACAAGGAACAACAUAUAGCUUAAAUUUCAUACAUCCCGUUUGACAACGCUUGGCUUGCCGACAAGCCAAAAAAAAAAAAAUGAAAGCAUUUCGAAAACAUAUUAAAAACAUAUUGUUAAAACUUGCAACUCAUUCCUAAAUUUAUUUAUUUCUAAGAUCAGAAUCCCGUAGCUGCUUUACAUUAUUGCAGCCUUGGUGCAUAUUUACAUUAGGUAGAAUUUACGAACAUACUAUACAUUAAAAUUGAAAACUGAAUUGCUUUUUGUUUUAUGUUUAUAUUAAGUUUAUUGAUACUAUAAACAAUAAAAUCGUUCGUCAUAAUGGAGCAGUCCUUGUGUAUAUGGCUGGAAUGGCUCUACUCAUGUAUGCAC